AUGUUCUUGGAGAUUCUGGACAGCCUUGUACUGUCAAGCGACUGGAACAUUAAAAGCCAAAUCUGGAUCAGUGAUAAACUUGCUUUGGAAGGAAUAGUGGUGCAACGUGCUGAAUGCAGACCUGCAGCUAGUGAAAAUUAUAUGAAACUCAAAAGAUUACAGAUAGAAGAAUCUUCUAAACCUGUAAGGCUAUCACAGCAGCUGGACAAAGCCGUAACCACAAACUAUAAACCAGUGGCUAAUCAUCAGUACAAUAUUGAAUAUGAGAAGAAGAAAAAAGAAGAUGGAAAACGGGCUCGAGCCGAUAAACAACAAGUGUUGGACAUGCUUUUUUCAGCCUUUGAGAAGCAUCAGUAUUACAACAUUAAAGACCUGGUGGACAUAACCAAACAGCCAGUGAUAUACUUGAAAGAAAUUUUAAGAGAAAUAGGCAUCUACAAUGUGAAGGGGACCCACAAAAACACAUGGGAGCUGAAGCCAGAAUACAGACACUACCAAGGAGAAGACAAGAGUGAUUAA